AUGCGCGGCGGCGCGCGGGCCUUCGGGACCGGAAAUGCGUGCGGGCGCGCCGCCUCCCGUCGAGCAGGCGCCGGCCCCGGGGUACGGCGCGCCGGGGCUGCGCAGUCCCGAAGCCGCCCCUCGGCCAUGGGGCUCCUGUCGGACCCGUGCGCCCGCCGGCAUCGCCCGGGGCAUGAGCCCCGGGGCUCAGCUCUCGCGUCCGACGCCCCGGGUGCCCAGACUCCGGGGCGGCGUCCCUCAGACACGCCCCCGCCACCCCCGGUGCAGAGGUGGAGGCCGCGAGCGGCGGUGUCAGAACCCCCUAAGUCGGCGGUCUCCUCCGUCGCCUCUCCCUGCAGCGUGCUGAGCUACGUGGCGGGCAUCGCCUGGUUCCUGGCGCUGGCUUUCCCGCCCCUGACCCAGCGCACUUACAUGUCGGAGAACGCCAUGGGCUCCACCAUGGUGGAGGAGCAGUUUGCGGGCGGAGAGCGUGCCCGGGGCUUCGCCCGAGACUUCGCCGCCCACCACAGGAAAGCGGGGGCGCUGCCAGUGGCCUGGCUGGAGCGGACGAUGCGGUCAGUGGGGCUGGAGGUCUACACGCAGAGUUUCUCCCGGAAACUGCCCUUUCCUGAUGAGACUCGCGAGCGCUAUAUGGUGUCCGGUACCAACGUGUAUGGCAUCCUGCGGGCCCCCCGUGCUGCCAGCACCGAAUCCCUGGUGCUCACCGUACCCUGUGGCCCUGACUCUACCAACAGCCAGGCUGUGGGGCUGCUGCUGGCACUUGCUGCCCACUUUCGGGGGCAGAUUUACUGGGCCAAAGACAUCAUCUUCCUGGUAACAGAACAAGACCUUCUGGGCACCGAGGCCUGGCUCGAGGCCUACCACGACACCAAUGUCACCGGCAUGCAGUCAUCCCCUCUGCAGGGCCGGGCUGGGGCCAUCCAGGCGGCCGUGGCCCUGGAGCUCAGCAGCGACGUGGUCACCAGCCUUGAUGUGGCUGUGGAGGGGCUCAACGGGCAGCUGCCCAAUCUCGAUCUGCUCAACCUCUUCCAGACUUUCUGCCAGAAAGGGGGACUGCUGUGUACUCUACAGGGCAAGCUGCAGCCCCAGGACUGGACGUCGGUAGACGGGCCGCUGCAGGGUCUGCAGACGCUGCUGCUCAUGGCUCUACAGCAGGCCUCUGGCCGCCCCCACGGCGCUCACGGCCUCUUCCUGCGUUACCGUGUGGAGGCCCUGACCAUACGUGGCAUCAAUAGUUUCCGACAGUAUAAGUAUGACUUAGUGGCAGUGGGCAAGGCCCUGGAGGGCAUGUUCCGCAAGCUCAACCACCUCCUGGAGCGCCUGCACCAGUCCUUCUUCCUGUACCUGCUCCCCGCGCUCUCGCGCUUCGUCUCCAUCGGCCUCUACAUGCCUGCCGCCGGCUUUUUGCUCUUGGUCCUUGGUCUCAAGGCCCUGGAGCUGUGGAUGCAGCUGCACGAGGCUGGAGCGGGCCCUCAGGAGGCCGGGGGCGCCUCUGGACCUAGUCCUCCCCUUCCGCCAGCACAGAGCGUGGGGCUGGCCUCCCUUGUGGCUCCCUUGCUGAUCUCACAGGCCACGGGUCUGGCCCUCUACAUCCUGCCAGUGCUGGGCCAACACGUGGCUACGCAGCACUUCCCCGUGGCCGAGGCCGAGGCCGUGGUGCUGACGCUGCUGGCCAUCUAUGCAGCCGGCCUGGCCCUUCCGCACAGCACCCACCGGGUGGUAAGCGCACAGGCCCCAGACAGAGGCUGGAUGGCACUGAAGCUAGUGGCCCUCAUCUACCUGGCACUGCAGUUGGCCUGCAUUGCCCUCACCAACUUCUCACUGGGCUUCCUGCUGGCCGCCACCAUGGUGCCCGCUGCUGCACUUGCCCACCCCUGUGGGCCCCGGCCACUGUACGCCGCCCUGCUGGUGCUGACGAGCCCCGCGGCCACGCUCCUGGGGUGCUUGUUCCUCUGGCGGGAGCUGCAGGAGGCCCCACUGUCGCUGGCCGAGGGCUGGCAGCUCUUCCUGGCGGCGCUGGCACAGGGCGUACUGGACCACUACACCUACGGUGCCCUGCUCUUUCCGCUCCUGGCCCUGGGCCUCUAUCCCUGCUGGCUGCUUUUCUGGAAUGUGCUCUUCUGGAAGUGACACGCGGCCGCCCUGCAGUAUAAAGACUCGGCCGGGAGCCCCCCUGUGCGCUUUCCUUCUCGGGGAAUAAACAGGUGUUUUGUAUCAGC